GAACACGUUCAUUCAUGUCCGAAUUCUCGCCGAGGCAAGGUCGUUACACGCGCUUCUGAACUUUUGAACUGCGCGGUUGCUGCCGCGCGUCGUCAACGAAACGUACGGACACCGUGGUGUGGCUUGGUGUGGCCAAACGCCCAAACGCCCAAAAUUCAAUUCAAUUUAAUUCGAAAAAAUUACCCAAAAAUGAGAAACAGCAUUUAAGAGCAGUGCCAGUGAGAUUGAAUAAUUUAAUAGGAAUACGAAAACCAAAACGAAUAGAAAUACCCAAAAAAUAUACAUACAUGUGUGCCAGAGAAAUGUGCGAUUAGUGAAACAAAACAACCAGUGAAAAACCAGUAGAGAAAAACCAGAGAAAACCCACAAACCAAAACCCAAAACCCCCCCCCAACUAAAAUGUCAAUUCGCGUGUGAGAACCAGAGAAUCGCAAACUAAUCGCUAGAACAUCUGAGAGGUUCUGGUUCCCUGUGCCCCCAAGAAAUAACCAGAAGAGCAGAGAGCCGGAAUGGAAUUCCCGACGCUGCUGCUCCUGGUGAGCGUGCUGCUGCUGCUGGGUGGAGCCUCCGAUCGGAGCUGCAGCUGCCUGGCAGCCCUGGUGCCCAAGGAGAGCGGCGACAGCUCUGCCAGCGCGAUGCUGGGCGGAGGCGCUGGCUCCGCAUCCGUCUCGCUAUCGGGCGACUACUCAUCGCUGCUGUCGGCCGCCGUGCCAGCCGCAACCGCCGCCGAAUCCUCGCCAGCCGCGCCCCCCCACAGCGGGCCGAGCAACCAGUGCUCGUGGACAUACAACGGCACCAGCUCCGUGCACUGCGCCCUGCGUCUGAUCGAGCGCCAGCCGGGACUGGAUCUGCAGGGAGCCGAUGGCAGCAGCCAGCUGACGAUCCAGUGCAGCGACGUCUACCUCUUCGAGUCCACGCUGCCGGUGGCGGUGUUCGCCCGCCUGCAGACGCUGGAGACGCUGCGCCUGGAGGCAUGCAAGCUGCUGCAGCUGCCCAACAACGCCUUCGAGGGCCUGGGCACGCUCAAGACGCUGCGUCUGAGCAGCCACAACGCCGAAUGGGGUCCGGCCAGGACGCUGGAGCUCUAUCCGGACUCGCUGAACGGCCUGAAGCAGCUCACGGAGCUGGACAUGAGUGACAACAACCUGAGGGCCCUGCCCGCGGGCUUCCUCUGCCCCGUGGGCAACCUGCAGUCGCUGAAUCUGACCCGCAACCGGAUCCGCACCGCCGAGCAGCUGGGAUUCGCGGACAUGAACUGCAGCGGGGGCAGCGAGUUGCAGCUGCUGGACGCCAGCCACAACGAGCUGCGCUCCGUCACCGAGAGCUGGGGCAUCUCCCGGCUGCGUCGCCUGCAGCACCUCAACCUGCAGCACAACAACAUAUCGGAGCUGUCGGGGGAGGCGCUGGCGGGACUCGCCUCGCUGCGUAUCGUCAACCUGAGCAACAACCACCUGGAGACGCUGCCCGAGGGCCUGUUCGCCGGCUCCAAGGAGCUGCGCGAGAUCCAUCUGCAGCACAACGAGCUGUACGAGCUGCCCAAGGGGCUGUUCCAUCGGCUGGAGCAGCUGCUGGUGGUGGACCUGUCCGGCAACCAGCUGACCUCCAAUCACGUGGACAACACGACCUUUGCCGGCCUGAUACGCCUCAUAGUGCUCAACCUGGCGCACAACGCCCUCACCCGGAUCGACUAUCGCACCUUCAAGGAGCUGUACUUCCUGCAGAUUCUGAAUCUGCGCAACAACUCCAUCGGCCACAUCGAGGACAACGCCUUCCUGCCGCUCUACAACCUGCACACGUUGAACCUGGCCGAGAACCGCCUCCACACGCUGGACGACAAGCUCUUCAAUGGGCUGUACGUGCUCUCGAAGCUCACCCUGAACAACAACCUGAUCAGCGUGGUGGAGCAGGCCGUGUUCAAGAACUGCUCCGACCUGAAGGAGCUGGACCUCAGCUCCAAUCAGCUGAACGAGGUGCCGCGCGCCCUCCAGGACCUGGCCAUGCUGCGCACCCUCGACCUGGGCGAGAACCAGAUCAGGACAUUCGACAACCAGAGCUUCAAGAACCUGCACCAGCUGACGGGACUGCGACUGAUCGACAACCAGAUCGGCAACAUUACGGUGGGCAUGUUCCAGGACCUGCCACGGCUGAGCGUGCUCAAUCUGGCCAAGAACCGCAUCCAGAGCAUCGAGCGGGGCUCCUUCGACAAGAACUUUGAGCUGGAGGCCAUCCGGCUGGACAGGAACUUCCUGUCGGACAUCAACGGGGUGUUCGCCACGCUGGUCUCGCUGCUCUGGCUGAAUCUGUCCGAGAACCAUCUGGUGUGGUUCGACUACGCGUUCAUUCCGUCCAACCUCAAGUGGCUGGACAUCCACGGCAACUACAUCGAGGCGCUGGGCAACUACUACAAGCUGCAGGAGGAGAUCCGGGUGAAGACGCUGGACGCCUCGCACAACCGCAUCACGGAGAUCGGCCCCAUGUCCAUACCGAACACCAUCGAGCUGCUGUUCAUCAACAACAACCUGAUCGGCAAUGUGCAGCCCAACGCCUUCGUCGACAAGGCCAAUCUGGCCCGCGUCGACCUCUACGCGAAUCAGCUGAGCAAGCUGCAGCUGCAGCAGCUGCGCGUGGCGCCCGUGGUGGCGCCCAAGGCCCUGCCCGAGUUCUAUCUGGGCGGCAAUCCCUUCCAGUGCGACUGCACCAUGGACUGGCUGCAGCGGAUCAACAACCUGACCACCCGGCAGCAUCCGCGCGUGAUGGACAUGCCCAACAUCGAGUGCGUGAUGCCGCAUGCACGCGGCGCUGCCGUGCGUCCGCUGAGUGCCCUGCGGCCGCAGGACUUCCUCUGCCGCUACGAGUCGCACUGCUUCGCGCUGUGCCACUGCUGCGACUUUGACGCGUGCGACUGCGAGAUGACCUGCCCCCACAACUGCACCUGCUACCACGACCAGAUCUGGUCCACCAACGUGGUCGAUUGCGGGGGCCAGCAGACCAUGGAGCUGCCGCGUCGCGUCCCCAUGGACUCGAGCAUCGUCUACCUGGACGGCAACAACUUCCCGGUGCUCAAGAAUCACGCCUUCAUCGGUAGGAAGAACCUCAAGGCGCUGUACGUGAACGGCAGCCAGGUGGCGGCCAUCCAGAACCGCACCUUCGCCAGCCUGACCUCGUUGCAGAUCCUCCAGCUGGCGGACAACCGGCUGCAGACGCUGCACGGCUACGAGUUCGAGCAGCUGUCCUCGCUGCGGGAGCUCUACCUGCAGAACAACCUGCUGGCCACCAUUGAGAACGCCACCCUGUCGCCGCUGGUCUCGCUGGAGCUGCUGCGCAUCGAUGGCAACCGGCUGGUCACCCUGCCCGUCUGGCAGCUGCACGCCACCCACUUUGGCAGGCGCCUGCGGUCCAUAGCCCUGGGACGCAACCAGUGGACCUGUCGCUGCCAGUUCCUCCAGGCCCUCACCUCCUACGUGGCGGAGAACGCGCUGAUUGUGCAGGACGCGCAGGACAUUUACUGCAUGGCGACGCCCAACACGCCUGGCUACGACGCUGCCGCCUACGACAGCAGCUCCGCCGAGGGUGCCCUGCAGAAGCGGGAGCUGGACUUCAAUUCGACGGGCGCCGCCUGCACGGACUACUACUCGGGCGGAUCGAUGCUGCAGCACGGCAUACCCGAGUCGUACAUUCCGCUCCUGGCCGCCGCCCUGGCCCUGGUCUUUCUGCUGGUCGUCAUCAUCAUCGUGUUCAUCUUCCGGGAGUCGCUGCGCAUCUGGCUGUUCGCCCACUACGGCGUCCGUGUGUUCGGGCCACGCUGCGAGGAGUCCGAGAAGCUCUACGACGCCGUGCUGCUGCACUCGGCCAAGGACUCGGAGUUCGUGUGCCAGCAUCUGGCCUCCGAGCUGGAGACGGGUCGUCCGCCGCUGCGUGUCUGCCUGCAGCACCGCGACCUCGCCCACGAUGCCACCCACUACCAGCUGCUGGAGGCGACGCGUGUCUCCCGCCGUGUGGUGAUCCUGCUGACCCGCAACUUCCUGCAGACGGAGUGGUCGCGCUGCGAGCUGCGCCGCUCGGUGCACGACGCCCUCCGGGGACGGCCACAGAAGCUGGUGAUCAUUGAGGAGCCGGAGGUGGCCUUCGAGGCGGAGAGCGACAUCGAGCUGCUGCCCUACCUGAAGACCUCGGCCGUGCACCGCAUCCGGCGCUCGGACCGCCACUUCUGGGAGAAGCUGCGCUACGCCCUGCCCGUCGACUACCCCACCUAUCGCGGCAACAACUACACGCUGGACCACAACCACGAGCGGGUCAAGCAGCCAGCCAGCCCAGGUCUGCUGUAUCGCCAGGCACCGCCGCCCGCCUACUGCGGCCCGGCUGAGGGAGGCGUCCCCAGUGCCCCCACCACCGCCACCGCCACCGCCACAGCUACAGCUUCAGCCGAGCAGAACUAUUCCACGGCCACCACUGCCACCCCCAGUCCGAGGCCCCAGCGACGCGGAGAUCACCACGGAGGCGUCUCUGGCUCUGGGGCGGCCGCCGCCCCGCACGGCCACCACUUGCACGCCCAGUACUAUCAGCAUCACGGCAUGCGGCCGCCCUCGGAGCACAUCUACUCCAGCAUCGACUCGGACUACUCGACGCUGGACAACGAGCAGCACAUGCUGAUGAUGCCCGCUGGGCCCGGUGUCUCGUUGGAGGGUACCCCCAGGGCCCAGACCUGGCGCCCCAAGCAGCAGCAACAGCAGCAGCACAGCAGCAUGCCUUGCAGUCUGGCCCCACCUCAGUGGGUCAUGUGGCCACCAUGGGCCCCAGUGGCAAGGCCUCUCCCCAACAGCAGCAGCAGCAGCAGCAGGCAGUCGGAUCUGGCCAGCAGCAAGGUCCACAUGUCCAGGCGUAUCUCGUCUAGAGAGGAGCAGCACCAGCACCAGCAGCAGCAGCAGCAGCAGCAGGAGGUGGAGGAGAUGCAGAUGCAGAUGGGGAGUAAGAGGACACAGAAUGUGGCAUUCUGGGAGAGUGACAGUGAUUUCUUUAGGGACUGGUUCCUGUGCAUAAUUUUAAUUACUAAAAUAUGUGCGAGUUAAGCUAAGAGAUUAGAACGAGGGGAGCAUGAGCACUGAGGAGUAGCCGGAGGAGGAGUAGCAGGAGGAGGAGUAGAAACUAUCCAGAGAUUUUAAUGUUAGAGACCCAUCCACAUACCGAAAAACCCCCAUCCCCCCGCCCCAAAAAAAAGCAAGCAGCAGGAAGCGCCUACAAAUAUUUUGUUUAUCCAGUGUAAAGUCAUUUUAGAUGCACUAAACAAACAGACGAGUACUCGUAGACACAGGCACACAAUGCGCACAGAUACAGCAACAAGAUACAGCCACACGAUACAGCCACAAGAUACAGCUACCAAGAUACAGCUACCAAGAUACAGAUGCAUUUAGAAGCAAAGCAGAGCCAAGCAGGGAGGGUGAUUGUGAGUGUGAGUGUGAGUGUGUGAGGGGGUGAAACUAUGUUAGCACAAUGCCAUUUCAAAGUUUCCAAAGUUUGCCACAGCAAAAGGAAGUUUUCCCCUCACACACACACACAUGCCGCACACUGCUGCCCGGGCUUUCAUUUGCUUAGCGCUGCGAAUGGCUCUGGAGAAUUUCGGAUAACUUUUUAAUAUGGUUUUAAUCAGUUGGACCGAACUAUUUGGCAGCCGAGGCACAGAGAUUCAUGCUCUUGGCUGAACUUUGCAGAUCCCCUUUGAAGGCUUUAGACGUAAAUUGAUUGUUCCGAAAAGUGGCCUGGCUCUCUGCUCUCGCAGUACGAGUAGGUAGUAUCUUGCGUAUCCAUUUUGUAAAUAUAUCUCCACUACCAUAAACAGCAUUCAUAGUUAUUUAAAUACCGAUAGAUAUACAUACAUAAAUACAGGCUCGAUGCAUUUUGCAGAUAUGUAACCGUAACCGUAACCGUAACCAUAUAGCAAUAAUUCAGUAACCACAUUUGAGUGCACAGUCAGUUACAUAUUGUAUAUCGUACGUACGAAUAAUGCACAGCAGGAGGAGCCUGCUCCAUGCAGGAAGGCUCAGAGAGGGUCAGAGAUCAGAUCGGUAGAUGGAAUCGGUGUGGUUGCAUGUGUAUAAAGCAUUCAUAAUUACUUAGCUAGCAAACCGAAAGGAGUCGGACUCAUGAAUCUCGAGUGGUUAACUACAAAAUAUGUACCAACA